GUUUUCCUAUACAUUAGUAUAGAAUUUAUCAUGGCGGCUGACGGAGCAAGUAGUACGAGUUCAGAAGCUGGAAAUAAUCCUAUAUCUGGUUGUUCUAUAGAUCGAAUAAAACGUCUAUAUCCAGCAGUAAAUGAGGAUGAAACUCCUUUGCCACAUUCAUGGAGUUGUAAUGACAAAUCUAGCUUUAUAGGCUUGUCGCAAGGCAAUCUCCGUGUGCACUACAAAGGGAAAGGUAAACCUCACAAGGAGGCUGCAGCAGUAAAGGCAACGCACGUUAUACCAGCCUCAUGCGGUAUUUACUAUUUUGAAGUCAAAAUUAUUAGCAAAGGUCGUGAUGGUUACAUGGGAAUUGGACUGUCUGUAAAAGAUGCUAGCCUAAGCAAACUUCCAGGUACAGACAAGUACUCAUAUGGUUACCAUGGUGACAGCGGUCGGAUCCUCAACUCAAAUGCUGGUGCUGGACAUUUAUAUGGUCCUACGUUUACAACGGGUGACGUGAUUGGAUGCGGCAUCAACCUUAUUGAUAAUACCUGCUUUUACACAAAAAAUGGAGUAGAUCUCGGUGUUGCAUUCACAAAUUUACCUAGUAAAUUGUACCCUACAGUAGGGUUACAUACACCUGGUGAGAUUGUGGUCACAAAUUUCGGUCAGAGCCCUUUUAUGUUCAAUAUAGAAGAUAUGAUGGAGGAAAUGCGGUUGAAAACCAAAGCAUCUAUAGAACGUUUUUCAGUUGACAACGGAAAAGGUGAAUGGCAAAACACACUCAAUCAACUAGUCUCUACCUACCUUGUCCAUCACGGGUACUGUUCCACAGCAGAAGCAUUUGGAAGAAGCACAGGUCAAAAGUUCGAUGAAGAAAUUGCAUCAAUAAAGAAUCGACAAAAAAUCCAACGGCUUGUACUAGCUGGUAGAAUGGGCGAGGCAAUAGAUGAAACAAAUAGGCUCUAUCCAGGACUUUUAGAAGAAAACCCAGACUUAAUGUUUAUGCUGAAAUGUAGACAAUUUGUUGAAAUGGUAAAUGGUUCAGAUAGUGAGAUACGUAAUCUACGCCAUCCUCGGUCAAGGCCCACAAGCAGGCAGUCGAGCCCCGCCAUGAGUCCACACCGAAACAGUAUAUCGUCUCCACAUAGAUCAUCUCAUUCUUCGUAUAUGGACCACACAUCCUCCUCGCACAGUACUAGUCAUAUUAGUACCUCUACAAGCACCAACACAACCACCAGUGUUAAGAGUACAAAACUCAUCUCGGCAACUACAAAGAAGGAGGUAACAGAGAUAUCUAAGUCACCUCCACCCUCCUCAGAUCUGAAUGCAAUAAAUUCUUCAAAUUCACAUGUGAUAAAUGGCUCAGGGUGCAGAAUAAUUAGCGACGAAGUGGACGUUGAUAUGGAUGUAGAUUCUAACGAACAUGUUGGCAAUGGUAAAAGCUUUAGUAAUGGUGUAACAUCAGGAGUAAGCAAUGGAACAUCUUCAACGUCGUCAGUACAGAAUGGUAGUCAUAUAAAUGAUGGCAUGGAUGUGGAAGAAAUGGAUUUGGAACAGCAGAUUCCUAGCAGGAAACGGCAACUGUGCGGCGGUGACGACGAAGCAAUAAACCACAUGUUGAACUUUGGCAGAGAUCUCCAACGCACCAGCGAACAACUAGAGCUAAAACACGGGGUAAACGAGGCAAAUAGAAAAACUUUAUUUGAUGCAUUUAGUCUGCUUGCGUAUGCUGAUCCAUGGAAUAGUCCCGUAGGCUUCCAACUUGAUCCACUCAGGCGUGAACCGGUAUCUGCUGCCCUCAAUAGUGCUAUAUUAGAGUCUCACAACAUGCCAAGACAGCCACCGUUGGAAUUAGCAAUAGGCCAAGCCGUGCAAACUGUUAAACUCAUGUCCAAAGUAGGACUUGGCUCUUGUGCCUUUACAAGUGUGGAAGAUUAUGUAUGCUAGUCAGCUACUAGAAGCCAUUCAUGCAAUCAACGGGAGGGGUAGGGAGGGUAAUUCACAUGGCUGACACUUUCAUUGAUAAGCCUAGGAAUUGGAGAUCACAUUUUGAAGGCCAAUAGAAUAGAUUGUUAGCCUGGAACAUCUAUUUCAAGGCCUAAAACAGUGAUUAUUCUGCCUGGGCAUAAUAAUCAUCUAUGCUCUAGGCCCGAAAAUUGAUAUUUGAAAGCCUAGCACAUUUAUUUUAAUGGCCGUUCGAUCCACUUCAAGGCCUAAAGCAUGGAUUAUUAGGCCUAGAAGAUCCGUUUUCAAGGGCUAUCAGGUGGAUUUGUAGGGCUUUGAUAUCAGGGUAUCCUCAAUGUAAUUAUCAGUGUUUUAAUAUAGUAGGUUGAUGAUAUUAGAUGCUAUAUAUGAUUAUUUGAUGGCAAGUGAAUGAGUAUUAAAGGGUUAACUUAACACAGGAUGUUGUGCUUCCCACUAAAUUCAAUCAAUAACACCCAAAAUCAUGCUACUCAUAAAAGACAAAAAAAAAUGCUGCUUGGAAAUAUUUUCUGUGUGGGUUUUUUUUUUUUUUUUUUCAAUGAUGUUACCAAUCUUUCAUUAUGUUUAUUCUUAAGGCAUUGAUGAUGUUCAGUGUAAAUUUCUGGAAAGAGGUUUGCUAUCUUUGAACUAAAAUAUGACAGAAUUGUUUACUGGUGCAUCACUGACGUUAUCAUUAGAUAAUUAAUUAAUAAUUAAUUGAAUUUGGUUAUGAUAUGAUUGUGGUUGUAAUUGACCUCAGUUGGUCAUGUACUUGAAGGUGACCUUUGACCAAUGAACUUUGCAUGUUUAAUUCUUUGUCCUUGCUAUCAGGUUUUAUGUGUCAUGCAUAUUUGUCAACAAAACCGAUAAUAUGUUGCUUUCAAUUUGCACAGUGAUGUGAAGCUAGAACAUCAGCAUAUCUAUGGGGUGCGCAGAUGGCGCAUACCCCAAAAAGAAUACUCUCACCCCCCCAAAAAACAUCACAGUCAAGUAGUUAAAAUUCCCCUUAUUUUGCAAAAUAGUGCCUCCUUAUCUAAUCGUUGAGGCCCCUUCACCCUCGCGCCCCACCAUCAUCCGCCAUUUCAAGACUCCUAGAUACGCUACUGGGCUAGAAUGGAUUCACUCAUACGUUACCAUCCAAAUUUGGCUAAAUUGCAUCCUAGAAUCCUUCUGACCACAAAAACAAGAAAUGACUAUGUGACAUCAUUACAUUCUUAUGUCCCACCAUCAUCGUGCAGUUGAAUGCUUCCAAA